AUGGGGUGCGCGAAGCUGCUGACACUGGUGCUGGCACUGGCGGGCUUUGCUGUGGUGAACAGUGCGUCUCAAGAUGGCGCCCAUCUGUACCUCGAGAAAAGCCUCACGCAGGCGAUGCAAGAGUGCAUGGACUAUCUGCGGAUACCGGCGAACCGGUACGACGAUUACGCCUCCCACCGGUUUCCGUGCGAUGCGGAAACGAAGUGUCUGGUACGGUGCGUCGGACUGAACCUACGCUGGUGGAACGACACGACUGGCGUGCAGACGGCCUUGAUGGCCAACUUCUUCCGCCCGGACCCGACCGACACGGACUACGCACGGCGUACGGCCAAGUGUCUCGAGCUGCGUCUAGCGCAGAGCGAUCCCUCCGAGUGCUGCAGUUUGGCGUACGAAAGCUUCAUGUGCUACCUGCAACACUACGGCAAUCUGGUGCCCAGUCCGCAAUACCUCCCGGAGGAUCACUCGCGGUACGUCCGGAUGGCGCACGAUUGCAUCAACAUGCUGCAAGUUCCGGAGGCGCUCCUACAAAGCUACAGCACCGGGUUCAUCCGGGACGCGCCGGAAACGCGCUGUCUUCUGCGCUGCUUCUACCUUCGCUCCGGGGUCUUCCAGAGCGACACCGGGUUCGAUCUGAAGCGGUUCUACACGCGCGACUACCAGGAUGCCGACGACGUGCGAUACUUAGCACCGGAUACCUACACCAAACUUGCCAACCUCCGGGCAACCGGUUGUGACGAAUGUACCGAAGUGUUCCUAGCCUACCGAGAUCUGCUGGGUGAGAUGGGCAACGCCUACUACGAGGAUGGAGUGCUACGGGAUGCCGCUGUUCUCGCGCUGAACGAUGGAUACUGCGGCAAGCGGAAAGAGGAAAAGAAACAAAUGCCUAAGAAGUACCACGAGAAGACCCCCACGAAGGCGCCCUAUCCGAAGCAAGAUGAUGAGGAUGAGCCGACGAUGCGCUAUCCUGAGAAGACGUACGAAGAGGCCACAGCUACUCCAAAGUACUACGAACAAGCAACGACUACUCCCUGUCCAGCGAAGGACCAUGAAAAGUCCGAGACUUCUUACCCGGAACCUAGGACGACUGCGCACUACGAGGAGCCUAGAACAACGCAAGCCUUACCUCGUGAAGAACCUACAACGACCACCAUGGAAACCACGACUCCGGUUGUGUUUAACUAUAAACAGAGAAACUGUGAGAACUGUGGCAAAAUGUUCCAACCGGGCGGUUGCAAAUUUAACUGUCCGAAUUGUAGCAAGUCCUUCACGAAGUACGGCCGAUUCUUCUUCUAA